UACUAUAUAUUAUGCAUCAAGCAUAUUCUGAGUCCAGAAAUUUAAUUGCUUGGUAGUUGUGGGUGUAUCAGAUAUUCUUCUUCUGGCAGUGAAGUUGGUUUGAAUCUGGUUCUUCUCUUUUCACCUGAUUUGCUGUUGGAGUUCCAUGGUUGACGUCUCGUUUGGAGAUGGAAGAAUCAGGGAGCUUUGAGAAUCUUCUAGCUGCAAGGAGAGUUCUGAAAAGCAGCUUGGAGAAAUCAAGAGACCUAGCUUCUGAAAUCCAUAAAACCGGCUCGAGAUUACAAGAAGUUAACCAAAGAUUGCCAUCACUAGAAGCUGCUAUCAAAAUCAUCGGGCACAAGUGCUCUCUUCUCGAGAUCAGAGGACACAUCAAACAUGCUGUGGGCCCUGCCGCUGCAGUUGUAAAGGUCUUUGACGUGGUCCAUGGCCUUGAAAAUUUGCUUCUAUCCGAUCCAUCUUCUGAUCUCGUUCGCUACCUUUCAUCAGUGAAACAACUUGAAGAGGCACUGAGGUUUCUCACAGAUAACUGUGGGUUAGUUAUUCUGUGGUUGGAGGAUGUCGUACAAUUCCUCGAAGAGAGAAAAGUCAAUGAGGAUGAUCGGUACCUCUCGACUCUGAGAAAAACUCUGAAGAUACUCGGAGAGUUACAGGAGAUGGAGGGGCGAUCACGUCUUAGUGGAGGGCCUCUGUUUGAUGCAUUGGAGAAGUUGGAAACUGAAUUUCGACACCUCCUGGUGGAAAACAGUUUCCCAGUGGCUUUCUCAUCAACCUCUGGUGGCCAAAAAGCCUGCGAUGUUUCUGCAUCAUCACCUUUGGCAGUUCCCGUUAUCCAGAAGUUGCAAGCCAUUCUGGAAAGAACAAAUGGUAACGAUCGAAUUGAGAGUUGCAUAAAUAUUUAUGUUGAUGUCCGGAGUUCAAAUGCAAGGGCUACCAUGCAAGCUCUUGACUUGACUUACCUCGACAUAUCAUUAUCCGAAUUUGAAAGUGUGCAAAGAAUCGAGGAAUCCAUAGAUCUAUGGAGCAACCAUUUGGAGUUCGCUAUAAAGUGUGUACUUGAACAAGAGUACAGACUCUGCAACGACGUCUUCCAGAAGGUUGAAUCCGAUGUUUGGAAGAGUUGCUUUGCAGAGAUUGCUGUUCAAUCCGGAAUCCAAUCUUUCAUCAAAUUUGGUAACACUAUUACCAAGGGUAAGAAGGAUGCAAUCAAGCUGCUGAAGUUACUGGACAUAUUUGCGGCUUUGAACAAGCUGAGAUUUGAUUUCAACAGACUAUUUGGUGGGAAAUCCUGUGCUGACAUCCAAACUCAAACGAGGGAUCUCAUCAAGAAGGUAGUUGAUGGGGCUUGUGAGAUUUUCCAGGAGCUUUCUGUUCAAGUGGAAUUGCAAAGGCGAAGUACCCCUCCUCCAGAUGGCAGUGUCCCAAGGCUGUUAACUUUUAUCACAGACUACUGUAACCAGCUGCUUGAGGAUGACUACAGACCGAUACUGAUUCAAGUUUUGGAAAUUCAUCAGAGUUGGAAUCACAAGGAAUUCGAAGAGGGAAUCCUUUCAAAUGAUAUCCACAAAAUAAUGAGGGGGAUUGAGCUGAAUUUGGAUACAUGGGCGAAGAGAUAUGAAAACACUGCACUCUCCUGCCUUUUCAUGAUGAAUAAUCACUGGUACUUGUUCAAAAACUUGAAUGGGACAAAGCUGGGGGAUUUAAUGGGCGACUCCUGGUUGAGAAGGCAUGAGCAAUACACCGAGUAUUAUGCAGCUGUGUAUUUCAAAGAGAGUUGGGGAAAGCUUCCUUCCCUGUUAAGUGAGGAGGGUCUGAUUUUGUUCUCUGAUGGAAGGUCUGUUGCUCGUGAUCUGGUCAAAAAAAGACUAAAGGCUUUCCGUGAUGCUUUUGAUGAAAUUUAUCAGAAGCAAUCGGAGUGGGUUGUGUCUGAUAAAAGCUUGAGGGUGAAGACAUGUCAAAAUGUGGUGGAGAUGAUUGUUCCUGUUUAUAGGAAGUUUAUGGGCAAUUACAUGCCUUUGGUUGAACAAGGAGGAACAAGUCCAAACAAGUAUGUAAAAUACACAGGGGAGAAUCUGGAGAAUAUGAUGGGAUCCCUAUUGCAGCCAAAGCUGGGGAAGUUUGGCAACACCAAAUGCACACACUUGAUAGGUAAGAUAAAAAAUGUCGUCACCAGUCACUUUUCAUCAACUCCUGCUGCAGCAUAAUCGUGUAUGUAGUUAAUGUUAAUUGAUAAGCGUUCUGUUUAUGGGCAUAAAUUGCCCUUUUGUAUAUAUUUUUCGUGAUUAACAGUUCUAGAUUGGAUUCGAUGAUUUGGCCAUCAGUUUGACAGUGUUUGCUGUGACCAUGGAUGGAAAAACUGCAAUUAGUUCGGUUGUUUCAA